GUGAGUGAGGGGGGGGGCGAUGAUCCGGGUGCGGUGUCUCCGCGGAGGGAGCAGAGGAGCCGAGUCCGCUCAUUUCCUCGGGAACCUGCUUGGUCGAACUGUUGCAGGAUGGGUGCAGAAAUCUUUCCGAAGCACUCAGACUGCCGCUGCUACUGCAGCCAGUGAAAAUUCCUCUGUUACUGAUCACAAGGAUAAGGCAGAAGACUGUCCAGUCUGUUCCUACAAUGAGUGGGAUACUCUGGAAGAAGUGAUUGUUGGGAGACCUGAGAAUGCGUGUGUGCCCCCUUUUACAGUGGAAGUCAAGGCUAACACCUAUGAGAAGAAUUGGCCCUUUUACCAGAAGUAUGGAGGUCAGAAUUUUCCAAAGGAGCAUGUGAAGAAAGCUGUUGCUGAAAUUGAGGAGAUGUGUAAUGUUCUUCGUGGGGAAGGAAUCACUGUCAGGCGCCCGGAGAUCAUUGACUGGUCUGAAUAUUACAAGACGCCAGAUUUUGAAUCUACAGGAAUGUAUGCUGCUAUGCCGAGGGACAUACUGCUGGUGGUUGGGAAUGAAAUCAUUGAAGCACCAAUGGCAUGGCGUGCUCGCUUUUUUGAAUAUAGAGCAUAUCGGCCACUCAUCAAAGAUUACUUCCUGCGUGGAGCAAAGUGGACAACUGCUCCCAAACCACAAAUGUCUGACAAGUUGUAUGACAUGACUUACCCCAUCCACUCGGUGGAGGACAGAAACAAACUUGCAGGUGAAGGGAAGUUUGUAACCACUGAAUUUGAACCGUGUUUUGAUGCUGCCGAUUUUAUGAGAGCUGGGAGAGAUAUAUUUGUACAAAGGAGUCAGGUGACUAAUUUUCUGGGAAUCGAGUGGAUGCGGAGACACCUUGAACCAACCUACAGAGUUCACACACUUUCCUUCAAGGAUCCGAACCCCAUGCACAUUGAUGCAACCUUCAAUAUCAUUGGGCCUGGCUUAGUGUUGGCGAAUCCAGACCGUCCCUGUCACCAGAUCGAGAUUUUCAAGAAAGCUGGUUGGACAAUCGUUUACCCACCGACUCCUCUCAUCCCUGACGAUCAUCCUAUGUGGAUGUCUUCCAAAUGGAUAUCGAUGAACGUUCUGAUGUUGGAUGAGAAGAGAGUGAUGGUUGAAAGGGAAGAGACAACAAUUCAAAAGAUGUUUGAGAAACUAGGAAUUGCAACAAUUAAAGUCGCCAUCCGCCAUGCAAAUUCAUUGGGGGGAGGCUUCCAUUGCUGGACAUGUGACAUUCGUCGCCAUGGCACUCUCCAAUCAUAUUUUGACUGAGUAUUGUAGGGGAUCAUGUCAUUAAUAAUUAAAACGCUAUUGAAAAAUUGAUCUUUAUUUCAGGGGCCUGGAAUACAAAGAGAUGAAAAUUUUGUUUGUUAAAUACGGUGUUCUGGCAAAAUAGGUUUCAUAGACUAGACUUAUAUUUACUUAAUGGUAGAAGAUAAACAUUAAUUAAGGUGAUUAAUAAAAUUGAAGGAUGUGAUAGAGCAGAUGGAGUAAAAUUCUGCUUGGGGGAAUCUUAAACAUGUGAAUUAUUUCAAACUUUGAGCUCAGCCAUUGGGGGUAAUGCCAGCAAAAACUCCACACAAAGGGGUUGGGGUUUAGACUGACACAGCACCAAGGCCAUUUGCUCCAUUGUGCCUAUGUCUAAUAUUUGUAAGAACAAGACAGUUCCUCACUCCCAUGCUUUUCCUCCACUACCCUGACCAUUAUGUCUUUCAAAUAUUUAUCAAUUCCUUUGGGAGAUCUGUUGCUGAAUAUCCUUCCUCUGCAUUUUAUAGACGAUAUGCUGGAGAUGAAAACAACUCUCUCUGGAAAGUCUUCUUCCUCAAUUCACCUCUGGGUUUUUUGCCACCUGUGUUAAAUGUAUUCUCUUAAAUUACUAAUCCUUCUGCAGUGUCUGUAGUUUCUCCUCUCUCUCAUCUGAAGUCUGUUAUCCCAGGACCCAUUCUAAUAAAACUCCAUUGCUUUCUCCCCAAGACCUCAAACUCCUUCCUAAAUUGUGGAAUUAUACACAAUAAAUCAGCCAUUUGCUUUUGUAUUUCAUGCCUCUAUGAAUAAAGCCAAUGAUCCCAUACACUUAUGCCACAAUCUCUCAAUUUGUCUUAUUAUCAUCAAAUUUGCUGUUAAUAUACUUCCCAGCUUUGUUUGUUCCUCCACCCCCUUUAAAAUUAUAACCUUUUAAUAAUAUUGCCUUUUACCAUUCUUUCUACUGUAACUAAUCAUAUCGAUCGGUUGUUGAAAUUAAAUGCUCCCCCAGAAAAGAUGGAUAUGGAGAAAUUGUUGGUAGUCAAGGUUAGUAACUGAUCUAACAUAAUAUCAGAACAAGUUUAAAGGCUGGAAUGGCCUCUUCAUUUCCCUCUGAUAACUGGAAUUGGGCCUGAACACCAACACAAGCUGGUGAAUCACUUUGGUCAAGCACAUGCAUGAACUCUAGGUUUAUUUUGAAGAAUGCUUUUUUGCUUAAAGCUUCCUUUCAUCAUUUAUUCUUCCUUUCAGAGAACGUGUUAAAAUUCCCUUGUGAUCUACAACAGAGGUCCUCUGGCUAGCUUCCAAACAUUUCCUCUUCUUCUAAUGAGACUGGCAUUGCAACUUCCCCUGUGAAAGUCAGCAGUUGUUUCAGGGAAUUGACAGGCUAUACCUGCUCUUCCCUUCACACAUGACAUUCUCAUUACUGGAAAUUUGGUUAGUUACUACACUGGAUCAUUUUAUAUUUUUUGUUAAAUUGACAGGAAUUUUAUUAAGGACCAUAUUUGUAUUUGAUGUUUGAAUUGGCAAUUGUACAAAACCCAUAUAAAAACAAAAUGUCUCUUGUCUCAAUUUGACGGCCAAAUCAAGGCAAAUGAUUUGCCAAAUUCUGUAAAUGUUGGCACACCGUGCCAGCUGGUGCUCAAAUCACAUCUCUUUCUGGACAAUGACUGGGCAAAUCUGUGUAAUUGCUGCUUUACAAUGACAUCUCAGCGCUUGGCUGAAGAUCACAGGAUGAUUGCUAAUACUUUGCAUAAUAUUCAAUCAGCCAAAUGUGGGAUUCCUUUUUGUGAAGCCGUUUUAAAAGUUAACGAGUCUUUUGAAUACGAAUACAAUAAUUUCUGUCCUCAACUAUUUUGUUUUAGGUCUCAAAAUGUUCCUUCUAGGUUUUGUUUGAAUGCUGGAGUCAGUUGAACCCUGGAACCUGGUUGCCGUACUGUCCCUCAAACACUGCCAGCAACUAACAGUUGUGCUGUAGUUUUCUGUUUAGAAAUCAUUUAAAAAAGAUGGUAUUCACAGAUUUAAAGCUGUUUACUUCAGGGAUUUUACUGUUGUAAACUGAUCCUUGGAUCAGACAGCAGAAGAAUAGAGACGGCUUUAAAAACACUAGUCCAUGGGAGGGUGCUGCAAUCUGACUGUUUGGAAAGUGCUUGCUAUUCAGGAACUGGAGUUAACCCUUCCUUAACAAAAACAUAAUUUGGAGAUACCAGUGUUGGACUGGGGUGGGCAAAGUUAAAAAUCACAAGACACCAAGUUAUAGUCCAAAAGGUUUAUUUGGAAGCACUUGCUUUCGAGGCACUGCGUCGUCUUCAGGUAGUUGUGGAACAGAACCAUAAGACAUGGAAUUUAUAGCAAAAGGGUUACAGUGUCAUGGAGCUGUAAUGAUCUAUUAAACAGAUUUAGAUUAAGGCUUUCAUCUUUUACAAUGGGAUAUGCUGGUUUCGAUUCUUCAAUAUAUAAAUCCUAGAACUUCUUUUAAGUUAUAUUCUCAAGAUAGCUUCAGCUUUUCUAAGAAUAGGUGCCAUCUCAGCUCAGACAAUGCAUUAAAGGUGUGAGGUUAAAGUCUGUCUGUGUCCCAAUGUUGAGUCAGACUGGUUCUAUUUGUAAAGUGGGAUUUACAGAAUCUUAAAUGGAUUUAUGCAGUUUGUGAGCAAAAUAAAAUGUAAUUCUACAAAUACAAAUUCACCCCACAAACUUACGUGUGUGUGCGUGUGUGUGUGUGUGUGAGAGAGACAGAGAGAGAGAUGGAAUGUAAGUCUGUGAGAGGGUGUGUGCGUGGGUGAGAGUGUGGCAGGAGUACGUAUGUACACAUGAGAGAAAGCUGAUGUAUGAGAGAGUGUGUGAAUAUGUAGAUGUUUGUGUGUGUGUGUUGAGAGAGUGAAUAGUGCAGUGGGAUCACCUGUAGUGUGACAUGAACCCAAGGUCCCAGUUGAGGCCAUUCCAAUGGGUACUGAACUUGGCUAUCAGCCUCUGCUCAGUCAGUUCGCAAUGUUGCCUGUCCUGAAGUCCGCCUUGGAGGCUGGUCACCCGAAGAUCUGAGGCUGAAUGUCCUCAACCGCUGAAAAGUUCCUGACUGAGAGGGAACACUCUUGCCUGGUGAUUGUUGUAUGGUGUCCAUUCAUCCCCGUUGUCAUAGCCUCUGCUUGGUCUCCCAAUGUACCAUGCCUCAGGGCAUCCUUGCCUGCAGCGAAUGCGAUAGACAAUGUUGGCUGAAUCACAUGAGUACCUGCUGUGUACACGGUGGGUGGUGUCCUCACGUGUAAUGGCGGUAGCCAUGUUGACACUCUGACGUGUCUCGCAGUGGUUCUCUUGCCAGGGUUGUAUGAUGUUGUGGUCAGUAUUGUCCUGAAGGCUGGGCAGUUUGCUGUGAACAAUGGUCUGUUUGAGGUUUGGUGGUUGUUUUCAGGUGAGAAGUGGAGGUGUGGGGAAGGUCUUAGUGAGGUGCCCAUCCUCAUUGAUAAUGUGUUACAGGUUGCAAAGAACAUGGCACAGUUUUUUGUAACCUUUUGUUAUAAAUUCUGUCUCUUGUGGUCCUGAUGAAGAGGCAGUAUCUUGAAAGCUAAUGCUUCCAAAUAAACCUGUUGAACUAUUACCUGAUGCUGUGUGAUUUUUAACUUUAACAAAAACAGGAGGUGUUGGAAAAGCUCUGCAGGUCUGGCAGCAUCUGUGGAGAGAAAUCAAAUUCAAUGUUUCGGGUCCAAUGACCCUUUCUCAGGAUACGUAAGCAUUUCUUUGCCCACUUUUGCUGGUAGGGGUUUUGCAUUUUUUUGGUCCUCUUGAAUUUUGCUGUUGGAACAUUUUCAUAUAUAGAAAGGAGCCAGUCCCAGAGACUGAUUUGACACCCACUUCUUGGGACUAACUUCCGUUAGUGGAAGUUGGGAAUUCUGUUCUUGAAGCAGACAUAACCACAACACCCUGGUCUGAAUCCCAGAUGACCCCCCUCCCUCCUGGUAAUCUUCAUAGGCCACUCUUUCCUCGGAACUGUGCGAUAGGAUUUAGCAGCUCAAUAGCAAACACUAUUUCUUUCCAUUAAAAAAAGAUGACUGUGUUGAAAAUUUGAUCCUCUCAGUAAAGAUGAGGUUUAGUAUGCAAUAAUUCAAUGGUUUGUUCGUAUUUUUCUGCAAUAUGUUAUGAAGAUUGUAAGUGAUUUUUAGUUCAUUUGUUAUUCUCAAUAAAAGCUUAAUUGCAUCUUC